UCUUGAAUUGACUGUCAAACCGGCCAUCAAAACAGGUGAAGCAAAGAAAAAUAAUUACAAUGGUAACCUAACUAACCAAAUAUUCCACUAACGUCCAAGACCUUUAGUUUACCACUACUGCUAAAGGCCUUCGUGGCUGUUAAAGAAAGAAAUGAGCUUUGCGACUGGGGAAAUUAUUACUUUGAACGUCGGUGGACGACGAUUUUCUACCUCAAAACAGACAUUGUCAUGGAUUCCAGAUUCCUUUUUUUCAAGUUUGAUGAGUGGAAGAAUCUCUUCAUUACGAGAUGAAACUGGAGCUAUAUUUAUUGAUCGAGAUCCUGAAGCUUUUGUCCCUAUAUUAAACUUUCUUCGAACCAAAGAGCUUGAUCCAAGAGGGUUAGACUUAAAAGUUAUUAAGCAUGAAGCAGAGUUUUAUGGAAUCACCCCACUAGUCAAGAGGAUCAGACUGUGUGAGGAGGUUUCAUGUUCCAAGUGUGGUGAUGUUCUGUUCCAUGGCUACCUUCAUCCUCCAGAACUCCCUCCUCCUACGCAAGAGAGCUUCUUCUCAUUGUCCAGGAGAAGCUCAAGCUGUAGCAUGGCAAGCAGUCCUCUCAGAGAAGCAGUGCCUAAAAAAGAACCAAGUCUUAGGUCAUCUGGUUUAUACGAACCUACCUACCCUAUGGAAAUGAACCCACGGAAGGCUUUGAUAGUGAUGGGUCACCAUGGUGUAAUAGCUGUAGCCUUUGCCCAUUGUAUAGUAUGCUAUAAGCUAAAAGACACUGCUGAAUGGGUAAUGGUAUUCAAAUCACCAUACCUGGAAAACUGUGUGGAAAAAAUGGCCUUGAACGCAAAGGUUUCUGCAGGAUCUUUAGGAGACAGGAUGGUAGCUGUCUCGUCUGGAACUAAGAUAAGACUGUGGAGUUUCACUCAUAGUGAGAACGGAUAUGUCAAAUUUGACAUUGGUACAUUUGAUCUGACUGUUAUAGUGGAUGCACUGUUCUUUAUCGGCAGCCAGUUGGUUGCAACAAGUCAUACUGGGAAGAUAGGGGUUUGGAAUUCAAUGUCCCAACAUUGGCAGAUUCAAGACGUGGUCCCUAUCACUAGCUAUGACAAGGCAGGAUAUUUUCUCUUAUUAGGAUGUUCCAAUGGAUCUAUUUAUUAUAUUGAUAUGCAAAAGUUUCCUCUGCGAAUGAAAGACAAUGAUUUGCUAGUUACAGAGCUGUACAAGGAUCCCAAUGGAGAUAUGGUCACGGCAUUGAGUGUGUAUCUAACACCCAAAACAUGUUUCUUUUGUCCGAUAGGUCUUAGUGGAAACUGGAUUGAGAUUGCAUAUGGCACUAGCUCCGGUACCGUACGUGUCAUCGUCCAACACCCGGAGACAGUAGGACAUGGACCGCAACUCUUCCAGACGUUCACAGUACACCGCAGCCCUGUGAUAAGGGUGAUGCUAAGUGAGAAACACUUGGUGUCUGUCUGUGCUGAGUACAAUCAUGUACGUACAUGGAAUGUUACUCGCUUUAGAGGGAUGAUAUCCACGCAGCCUGGGUCUACACCGCUGGCUUCGUUUAACGUGGUCUCUCUGGAAGAGACAGAGACUCAUCCUAGUUAUUCUGCUGGAAACUCAUUAGGACCGUUCGGCGAUCGAGAUGAUCAGCAGGUAUUUGUUCAAAAAAUCGUACCUGACACUGACCAAUUACACGUUAGACUGUCUUCUACGGGAAAAAGGAUUUGUACGAUACAUUCAGUCGAUGGGAAUCGCAUCAGUUGUUACUGCGUCCAUGAGUGUGAUGGAUCUAGUCGGAUAGGAUCAAGACCAAGGCGGUACCUCAUUACAGGACAUGAUAAUGGGAGUAUACAGAUGUGGGACUUGACGACUGCACUAGAACAGGCUGGGACAAUACCAGAGCUCGUCAGCACGACAGGACCAACUGAGGGGGAAUUACUUAAAACCCUGGAACAAUGCGACCUUAGUGCAUCACGAUGCAACACACCAUCUCUUUCGCCUGCCUCCUCAUUAUUACAGACCAACCUUCAGGAGUCCAGGAUAAAGCUUUCUCUAUCUUGUCCAAGCCUAACGGAGGAGGAAACACCAUCGGAGACUGGGUCUAGUCGGAGAAGUUCAAGACACAAACGUAUURAAGAGGUGCUACAACAGCGUGUAACUUCAAAUAACACUCCACGGUCCUACAACACUCAAGACGACUAAAUAUCUAACAUCUUUCGGUGUGUGAGCUUCUUUAAACAGUCAUACGGGUCUUCACUUAAUCCUGUACCUGACACUGAGCCACUUGAAUAGAACCUAAUGUAUCUAAAUAUAUUAAUCAUGCUUGUAACCUGAAUCUCCAGUAACUACACAACUAAAAUGUUAAAAAAAAUUAUUUAACGUAAA